AUGCUACAAGUUAAAAAGAAGAAAGAGGAAGAAAACAAGAGAAUAGCUGAAGGUUAACCUAUUGCUUAGAAUGUCCAAAAGGUUACCCCUGGUUUAUUACGUUUACAAAAGGAUUUAGAAGAUUUAGAUAAGGAUCUUCCCAACAACGCCAAGUUAGUUUGGCCUGAUAAGUAAGUUUUAACAAAGAUGGAAUUGACCGUCUGGCCAGAUGCAAGUACUUAUUGGGGUGGUGCAAAAUAUUUGUUCACAGUUGAAGUUGGUGCAGACUAUCCUCAUCAACCUCCCAAAGUUCACUGCCACACCAAGAUUUAUCACCCUAAUAUUGAUUUGUAAGGAAAUGUCUGCUUGAACAUUUUGAGAGCAGAUUGGAAGCCUGUCUUAAAUUUAUAUAAUAUCAUUUCUGGUGUUCUUUUCCUUUUCAUUGAGCCUAAUCCUAAUGAUCCCUUGAAUAAGCAAGCUGCCUCUCAAAUGAUUAAUGACAUUAAAGCAUUUGAAGCUGAUGUUAAAAAAUCUCUUAGAGGUGGAUAAGUAGGCGGAGAAUAUUUCCCUAAGCUUAUUUGA